CAUAAAGGAUGCCGUGUCUCUCCGGUGGGUCUCUAUCCUUCUUAUUAAGGUCUGUGCAGCAACUCCACACCCCCGCUUCUCGAGAUUCUCUGAUUCCCGUCUGAAUGCCCGAAUACUGAUGGAUAUGUCUUUGCUCGGCGCUGGGUUUCAGCACACCAACUUCCGCUACUUACCCGUGCCCUUUCCUAUAAUUCCUUCUGUAUCCCUUUCCACCACCUCCCCCACUACCGCGAGAUCAGCCAAAAGGAAUUCCCAACCCAAAACAGCGGCUGUAACGGCAACGACAACGACAACAAUAACUCUCCGUGAAGAACCACCUAAUAGUGUUAAAACUAAAAAUGGAAAUGGCUCGGUUACUGGGGUUCAUAAGAGGCGCCACUCCAAGUCCUACUUAGAAAGGCAAUCUGCCAUUCUUGAAGUUCAGCAGGCAUCCGACUUAGGCCCGGCUAUUGCAAGAUUAGGAGGGAUUUUGAAGGUGCAAGACAUGAAUGCUAUUUUACGACAUUUUGGAAAGCUAAACAGAUGUCAGGAUCUUUCCCAGCUCUUUGAAUGGAUGCAACAAAGUGGCAAGAUCAACGCUUCAUCUUAUAGCACUUAUAUGAAGUUUAUGGGGAAGAGCCUAAAUCCUGUAGAGGCAAUAGAGAUAUACAAUGGCAUUCAAGAUGAAUCAGCCAAAAACAAUAUCUUUAUAUGUAAUUCCGUUCUUAGCUGUCUGAUCAGGAAUGGAAAGUUUGAUAGAAGCAUAAAACUGUUUCAUCAAAUGAGGCGAGAUGGAUUAACACCAGAUGCUGUUACAUAUAGCACGCUGCUUUCAGGUUGCAUCAAAGUCAAAGAUGGUUAUUCUAAGGCAUUAGAGCUGGUUCAGGAGCUUCAGCGUAAUGGGCUUCACAUGGACAGUGUAAUUUAUGGGACACUUCUAGCGGUUUGUGCUUCAAAUAAUAAAUGGGAAGAAGCAGAAAGCUAUUUUAACCAGAUGAAAGAUGAAGGUCACUCACCGAACAAAUUUCAUUACAGUUCCUUGCUCAAUGCUUACUCAAUAAAUGGAAACUAUCAAAAGGCCGAUGAGCUGGUUCAAGAUAUGAAAUCUGCAGGGUUAGUGCCAAAUAAGGUAGUUUUGACAACUUUAUUAAAGGUAUAUGUUAGAGGAGGCUUGUUUGAAAAAUCAAGAGAAUUAUUAGCUGAGCUGGAAACCAUGGGCUAUGCUGAUGAAGAGAUGCCCUACUGUUUAGUGAUGGAUGGCCUUGCUAAGGCUGGGUGUAUGGAUGAAGCUAAAUCACUCUUUCACGAAAUAAGGGAGAAAUCCAUCAGAUCUGAUGGCUAUUCCCAUAGUAUCAUGAUUUCAGCAUUUUGCCGGGGUGGGCUUUUCGAAGAAGCAAAGCAGUUGGCUAGGGAUUUUGAAGCCACCUAUGACAGAUAUGACUUGGUUAUGUUGAAUACAAUGCUCUGUGCUUACUGUAGAGCAGGUGAAAUGGAAAGCGUAAUGCAAAUGCUAAGGAAAAUGGAUGGAUUAGCAAUCAGUCCAGAUUAUAAAACUUUUCAUAUCCUUAUCAAAUAUUUCUGUAAGGAGAAGCUGUAUCUGCUUGCUUACAGGACAAUGGAGGACAUGCACAAUAGAGGUUACCAACCAGAGGAGGAACUUUGUUCCACUUUAAUGUUUCAUCUUGGAAAGAAAAAAGCACAUUCAGAAGCUUUUUCUGUGUACAAUAUGUUGAGAUAUAGUAAGAGAACGAUGUGCAAGGCCCUUCAUGAGAAGAUUCUGCACAUUCUAAUAGCUGGAAGGCUACUCAAAGAGGCCUAUGUAGUAGUGAAGGACAAUGCAGGGUUGAUCUCUAAGCCUGCAAUAAAGAAGUUCUCUAUUGCAUUUUUUAAUUCCGGAAACAUCAACUUGUUAAAUGAUGUUAUAAAGGCGAUCCAUGGUUCUGGCUAUAAGAUUGAUCAGGGGUUAUUUCAGAUGGUAAUAUCACGUUAUAUUGCCCAACCUGAAAAGAAGGAAUUGCUUCUACAACUGUUACAAUGGAUGCCAUGUCAAGGUUAUGUUGUUGAUUCGUCUACAAGAAACCUUAUCCUCAAGAAUUCACACAUAUUUGGUCGCCAACUAAUUGCUGAAAUGUUGUCCAAGCAGCAUAUGGUAUCAAAAGCAUCGAUAUCUCAUUAAAUGAAGGAUAAAAUUGCAGAGUUUAAGGUAAAUUUAAAUGCCGUGCAACCUUUUGUGAGAUAGCUACCGAUUUGAUGCCGUUACCUCACUAUGCAUGACACACUUAAUCAUGGCAUAUAUGUCACACUUUUGAAUCAGCGGCAUAGCAAAUCCCCAAAUAUUGUUGCUAGGUGUGAUGUACAGCCACAAGAUUAAAUGAUAUUGAUUACGACCCUGAUGUAUACAACCAUAUUUCAAUUGACAGUUCUGAUUAUUGUAUGAAGAGAACUUAUAUGUUUAACGACUGCAAGAUUUCUCAUGGCCACUAAAGCUUUUACCAUUGAUUGGACCUUAUGAACUGGAAUUUGUUCAGUUGCCCA